UUACAUGUUUGUCAUUUAAAUUAUACAAACCGAAACAUGUAAACCAAUUUAACAAUGCAAUUGUUGCAAGGAACAAUUCGAGAAUGCUGUAUAUUAAUAUAAUAUUGCAGUUGUCAGAGAUAUUUUCGUAACCUAUAAUAUAAUCAUGAUGCCUAUCACUAGGUAGCCGGUGCAGACUACACUUGCGUAUUAGCUGGAUAUUGUGCAAGUAACUUCACCUUCUCCUCCAAUAAUUGCUAUAAAUACAUGCUCCCAGAUCAAUAUGGCGAUAUAAAGAAUCAUCACCAAAUCCAGUUUUCUUUGUGCCAUCCCGAAGAUUGGCUUAAAAUAAGAUGGAAAGAUUGGUGAAGCUCUCUUUAGGGCUUUGGACUAAAAAUUCAAAUGGAGAUUGGUCGUUUGAGGUAACUUCUUCUUAUCACGGUGAAGCCAUCAUAAUCAACAACAACGAAACCUUUGAUGGUCUGGUCGAGUUGAUUCGUAUAAGGUUAAAUCUCGGGAUACUAACUCCCGUUGCCUUGACUUAUCAACUCCCUGACUGGAUGAUUGUCCCUGAUGGUCCAAAAACGCUGCCGAUCACCUUAUCCUGUGACAAGGAUGUUGAGAUUCUGACAAGUGUAAGAGACUACAUGUCUGAGGCGGUGCUCUACGUAACUAGUGCACCUGAACUAGUUGCAAGGUACGAGUUCUUGCGUCGAUCGCCUUUCACUAUAGGUGAUACAACUUACCUCGAAGAGGGCGUAUCAGAAGCCCAACAUCGUCAAGCCAUUCUUGAUUUGGUUGGAGGCCAUCCGAUCGUAUGUAGCAAACACAUAUUGAAAAUAAUGUUCAAUGAGCCACAACUCCUCAUUGAAUUUCGUGUUGCUCUUGAGAUAGAAAUGGUAUAUGGUCUGCCUAAUGACAACGUCCAAGCAGAAGAGGCAACAGGGUUUCCACGGUUAACCGUCGACGAUGUUGUAGCUAUGGCAGAAGCCGGUACCAUUUCACCGGAGGAAGAGUUCUACUACGCUGAAAAUGAAAAAGUGCUCUACGGUGAACCGAUGAAUAUUGAGGAGUUGCAAUAUGAAAUCCCAAUUGGCCAACCAGCAUCUCUUCUGAAUCAUUCAACCCCUCUACAAGUGGAGCCGCUAAAUGUUUGGAGAGACAUGACGGAGGAAGAGGAAUACUGGGAUGGAAUAGCCGGUCAUGAAAAUGACUAUGAAGUCUACUAUGCACAUUCAACCCACCCAACUGAAGGUGUGAUUGGUUUGCCUCUUGCUCCAAAUCGAAGAAUCGCAGCCCCCCAACCAGCAAUAAUAAUCAUCAUCGACGAUGAUGAUGGCUCGACCACCGCUUCUUCAGACGGUUUGAACGAAAACAACAUCAUCACUUCUGCCCCUCCAUCUGAAGUUAUCGCAACAAUUGCUAUGGAACUAUCAAACAAUGGACCGAGUGUUAUGGAAGGUGAUAUCUCUACAGUAGUGGGUAACAUAAACCAAGCAGGAUCUUCAGAAUUUCCUAUUGGCCCAACUCCAGAGGACAACUCCAACAAGGCAGAACCUACCCUUGAUCUAACCCUUACUCUUGGAAAUAAAGUACCAAGCAAUGGAGAUGUUCCCGUCGAAUCUUUGAAUGGCUCGUGCUCUGAUCCGGAUGAGGGCAGCGGUGUGUUUCGUCCCUUCUUUUAAGAACUGCAUGUUUAAAUCUAUUAGAAUAAAUAAGUUGCCUCUUUUGUUGUGAAAUAGUUGGCUCAAGAAUAUCGUAUUUUGGCUUGUUUGAACACCACUGAUGCAGAACUUAUAUGUUUGUGGAAGUUUGUAAUGUGAAAAUAUGAACGUAAAAUAUGUUAUCCUAUUUUAUAUUUCUCAAUUAGUAACUAACAAAGGCGGGAAAUCCGAAUAUUGUAGGAAACGAAACAAAUAAUUCUGAGGAAUUAUAUGUGAGAAAUAUUUUCAGAAAUAGAGCUGAUUUCAAACAACAAAUGGCAUCUUACGCAUUGAGAUGUAAAUUCCGGUUUAAAAACUCACGUUCAUCACCAGAUGGGAUGGUUCUUCAGUGCAUAAGUUUAACAUGCAAUUGGAGGGUUUAUGCAGUAAAACUGAAGAAUGUUGAAAAAUAUGAAGUUCGAAAACUAAAUUUGGACCAUACAUGUUCCGUCGACGAAC